CAGGAUCUUCUUUCUUCGCUAAAACCCUCCUUAAACCCUAAGAACUUUUGAAAACAAAAACCCAUGUCUCCAUUAAAAUCCCAAUGAAGCGCGUUUUGAGAAUCUACGACGUCGCCGCAGCCAAAUCGGAGGUGCUGUUUAAUCUCCAUAGGCACCAUUCAAAACCCAUAUCUUUAAUCUCAACUUCAUAUAAUCUUCAAAGACCGUCUCUUUACAGAUUUUAUGGGGACACUGUUGCACCCACCACUAAAAUCUCCAAUAACAUUAUCAACUUGUUUAUUGAAAAGAUUUCUCUGGUGGAGUCGCAGGUCUGUCCCAAACCGGAGAUGAUGCAGAAAGUGAUUCAGCUCAGGGAUGAAUUGGUAGUAAAGGUUGGCUCUUUAAAGGAAGUGGUCGAGAUUUUGGAGGAGAGAGGGGAUUGGUUACUUGGGAGUUAUAGAAAUCAGGGAGAUGUGCCUGUGCGUACCAAAGAAAUCCCUAACCUUGUUUUUUCAGAGUUAAUGACAAAUCUGGGUUCUUGGCCUAAUUUGGUCAUGGAGGUGUUUAAUUGGAGGAGAAGAAAGAUAGAGGAAGGCUAUCCCAUGACGUCGGAAGAAUAUACUAGUGGUAUCACCAUUGCUGGUAGGAUUAAGAAUGUAGAUCUUGCUGCCGAACUCUUUUCCGAAGCUGAAAGUAAGCAGCUCAAGACGACUUCUAUGUACAAUGCGUUAAUGAGUGCCUAUAUGUUCAAUGGCAUCAUUGACAAAUGUCAAUUAGUGUUUCGGCUUCUGAAAAGGGAUCCAAGUUGUUCUCCUUCGAUUGUAACAUAUAACAUUCUUAUAUCAGUCUUUGGUCGUUUGAUGCUGAUAGAACACAUGGAGGCAACUUUCCAGGAGAUUCAACGUUUAAAUCUCACCCCCAAUAUAAAUACCUACAACAAUUUAAUUGCUGCGUAUGUGACUGCUUGGAUGUGGGAUAGGAUGGAAAGUACUUUUCGUUUGUUGAAAACUGGACUGGUUAAGCCUAAUAUCAACACUCACUUGCUGAUGCUUCGGGGAUAUGCACACUCUGGGAAAUUGGAUCGAAUGGAAGAGACGUUCCAAAUGUUAAAGCUUCACGUGGAUGUCAGUACCCCAUUGAUUAGAGCCAUGAUAUAUGCAUAUUGCAGGAGUUCUGUCAAGGACAGGAAUAAAAGGGUCGAGGAAUUGUUAAGGCUAAUUCCAGAAGAUGAAUACAAACCUUGGUUAAAUGUGUUGUUGAUUAGACUUCAUGCGCAGGAGAAUAAUUUAGAUAGUAUGGAGAAGUUGAUUUAUGAGGCCUUUGAGCACAAAACCACUGUAUUGACUGCUCCUUUGAUGCGUUGCAUUAUCACUGCUUAUUUUUGUUGCAAUGCUGUGGACAAACUGUCAAGUUUUAUAAAGCGUGCAGAAUGUGGUGGAUGGAGAAUCUGCAGGUCUUUGUAUCACUGUAAAAUGUGCAUGUAUGGGUUACAGAAGCGCUUGGAAGAAAUGGAGAAUGUUCUUAAUGAGAUGGAUAAUGUCCGCAUCAAUUAUACUAAAAAGACGUUUCUGAUAAUGUACAAGGCAUACUUAAUGUGUGGUAAAAGGCAUAAAGUUGAGACAGUAGUGGGAUUAAUGUGCAAACGUGGCUAUCGAUUUCCAAUAGAUCAAUUUCUGUCAUGAUAAACCUUUUGUGCAGCAAUACACCAGCAGAAGAUGCAGGAUACGAUUAGCUGAUUAGCAUUUCUGGUUCAUCACGAUCACAGCAGUGAAUAGAGAUUUCAAAUCACCCAUAGGUACGUAUCUUGUCUUGGUUUGAUAUGCUAUCCCAAGUGAUAGGUUUUUUUUUUAAUGUCGCUAGGAAAUGAUACAUCAUGCAUUCGGCCCCAUCCUCUAAUGAUUUGCUUGAGCUUUUUCCUCCGAUUUUUAUUGUAUGAAUCAACAGCCACAAUACUCAUAACAAACAUUGUGAAAGUAUUCAUCUUAAUAACAAUUAUCAAUUGAUCCUAUCCUUAUAUCUUAUCUUUAUGCCUUUUUUGUCUUGGUUAAGGCGAGCACCAAUAGUAGCUCCAAGUAUAUUGGUUUAUCGGUUUGAGCUGGUUGGAUAUUAAAGUGUUGCACU